CAGGAAAGUGAGGAAACCGUUCUCUUUCCGAAUUUAGAAAUUUAAAACUAUCGAUUUCAGCAAUAUUAGUUGAUUGGAAUAUGAAAAAGCUGCAAUCUUUGAAAUGGCUUUUCUACUAUGCAGCGAAAAUAACCCAAUAAUCGAAACUCCUUUGGUUUAUUGACUUCAAUGUCUGCUUAUUUCCGUCUGAAUCGCUUCAAAUUUGUCAAAACCUCUCCCACUUUUUUUCGUCAAUGGAAGAAUGAAUAUAGAAGUAAAACUUUAUCUAGCUUCAAUACUUGUUCUUUUCUCAUUUUCAAAAUCUUCAAGUCACACAGAGAGAGAUAGAAAUAGAAAGUUUGAAUCUUGAUAUCUGAUUAAUUUUAUGCAUUUUGGUGUGUGAAAUAUGUCGGAAAUUUACGGAAGCAAUGAAUCUGAAGACAUGUCGUCUUUCCUUCAAAUUCUUCUACAAAACUCUUCUUCUUCCGCUGCGGCGGCCGGAGGCUUGUUCGGCGGCGGCGGAGGAGCGGUGGCGGAGUCCUCCACCAGCAUAAGUUUCUCUGAUCCCAGCUGCUUCUUCGCUGGUGGGCCCAGAUGCAAGAAUCUCUCUUCCACUUUUGAGGGUGGUGAAGCUUAUGAUACAAUGGUGAAUCCGGUGGCACCUCGUUCUUCGAAGAGAAGUAGAGCUGCUGAAGUCCACAAUUUAUCAGAAAAGAGGAGGCGAAGCCGGAUCAACGAGAAGCUGAAAGCACUUCAGAAUCUGAUUCCAAAUUCUAACAAGACUGACAAGGCAUCGAUGUUGGAUGAAGCCAUUGAAUAUCUCAAACAGCUUCAACUGCAAGUUCAGAUGUUGACAAUGAGAAACGGGUUGAGUCUACACCCCGGAUACUCCCUAGGGUCACUGCAGUCGAUGCUAGCACCACCCUCAGUCGGUCUUGACAUAGACGAAGGCAUUCCAUUGCUACACACAAACAGAGGAUUGGAGUUCUCUAGGGACCAAAACGACGUCUUUAUGCAGACACUCACGAACCACGGUCCCUCAGCCCUGCCAACGCUCGUGCCCUCCACAACAAACGCUGCUAACUCUGCAAUGCUCCCGAGCUAUGCACCCCCGUUGCAGCAGAGCCGCUAUGGACUGGUGGCCUCCACAAAGGAUAUCUGCAGGGACGACACGCUGUCCCGGUUGCAGCUCGAUAUAAGCUGCUCGGGCAACAAUUCGUCGGCCAAGGUGUCAUCACAGUAGUUGUAAGUUAUAAUGAACACAGGAAAUAAGAAUACCAAUUUGAGAGAGGUGAUGUUGUGUCUAGUGAAAUGAUGUCAAGUUAAAGAUCAUUGUUGUGUUUCUUCUUAUUAUUUAAACCUCUCUUUUUUACACAUAAUUGAAGUUUUUGGGUUAAUAUUA